AUGAAGGAUCGGACAGUGAACCCGACGACUCGCAAGAACAUUGCGCAGGUAUGCAUGAGCCUUCAAGAUCGACUCGGCCUGGCCAAGGUCAAAUACCAGCAGGGUCGAUUGGGCGCUUCGGAUCUUCGAGACUUGCACAACCUCGAUAAACCCUCCGGUUCCUCCUCCGAGAUAGCCUACAGCCGCUACGAAACCCCUCUUACGUCGUCGCCUCCAGGAAAUGCAACAUUCUCUCAUGAACUCCCUCGAUCUUCCAGAAAUAAACAUGCGGCCACGUUCAACCCUGAGGUGAUGCAGCCCAUGCUCAAUGCUAGUCGAAAGCGGGUUCGAUCGAAUUCGAUCACGGAUAGACCAGCAAAGGCUCCUAGAUUAUCGUGGAAGGCUUCACUUCACCUCCCAGAGUCCUCUCCCGUUCAUGCACGACCGUUGCAAAUCUACUCGAACCACCCUCCUGCAUUUGACGCUCCUUCAUCUGCCUUUCUGGGGACUUCCGAUGAAGAAAAUGACCCCGAACUUCCAGUGCCUCGAGCUCACAAUGCCAGCUCUUCCAUGGUUAGCUCUUCGCCUCCAAGAACACCCACUCUCCGGUCAGCUCGUCUGCCAAGAACCGACAAAGAUAUGAAGAACGAGGAUGGUGCGGAUUUACUGCUCUUCCUAGCAAACUCGCCGACACCGGCAAGAGUCAGCAGCAGAACUCAGAUCAGAGACUUUCCUCCAUCAACUCCUCCCAGUCAAUAUGCCGCUUUGCCCUCAAUGACUCCGACACCUGGAGGUGGGCUGUUCGGCAAUCUUGGCACUCCUAGCCAGCAAUUCAACUUUGCCGACUUUGUGAAUGUCACUCCCAGUCCCGCACAGCGCCCAUGGGGAGGGCGGACACCAGGCAGUCUAUCAAAGACCCCACUUCUCAGGACGGCGAGGAAGUCCCUGAAUUUCGACAAUCUGGUCCCUCCAGACAUGCAUAGCCCUGUCCGGCGCAGCAGGGAUGCUGGUCUUGCCCUGCAACUUGGCGAAGAAUUGAGGCCAUGA